CAUCCCAACGGUCGGCAAGAACUGCAAAUCAUAACCAUCGCCAGUUUAUCGCUGACUUCAGAGUGUACAAGGCGCUUCGUAGACGAAACCCCCAGUCGCAACGAUGCCGAAACCUGUGCUAUACACGGUUCAUCUGAGCCCACCGUGCCGUGCCGUGGAGCUGACGGCAAAAGCGCUUGGAUUGGAGUUAGAGCGCAAGCUUGUGAACUUACUUGCUGGGGAAAAUUUAACACCUGAGUUCUUGAAGCUCAAUCCUAAGCAUACGAUCCCCGUGCUGGACGAUAAUGGGACGAUCAUCAGCGAAAGCCACGCGAUCAUGAUCUAUCUCGUGCGUAAGUACGGCCAGGGCGAAGGGAAGGAUGCGCUGUACCCAACGGACAUUGUCGAGCAGGCUCGGGUCAAUGAGGCACUGCACUUCGAGUCCGGUGUGCUGUUUGCUCGGUUGCGAUUCAUUACCGAGCUGGUAUUUUUCGCACGCAAACCAGAAAUUCCGGAAGAUCGCAUCGAGUACGUUCGUACGGCGUACCGGUUGCUGGAAGACUCGCUGCAGAGCGAUUACGUAGCCGGAUCACGCAUGACGAUCGCUGACCUGAGCUGCAUUUCCUCGGUCGCCUCUAUGGUGGGCUUUAUCCCGAUGGAAAGGUCCGAGUUCCCGCGGGUGCACGGGUGGAUCGAGCGGAUGAAGCAGUUGCCGUACUAUGAGGAGAUCAACGGUGCCGGUGCCACAGAGCUGGCCGAGUUCAUUGUGGAUAUGUUGGCGAAGAAUGCAAAACUGUAACAGGUUCAUGCUAUUCGCGGUUGUUAACUAGUCAAAUAAAGUGUAGGAUUUAAAGCACCUA